CGUCGUAUAAUGAAAUAUUAAAGUUAUGUCAGAAGAAGAGUAAAAAUAUAAUUGUUUUUUUGAAAAUUUCGCAAAUCUAAAUAAACAAUAAAUUUACAAUUAUUUCUAUAAGUAGUAUACAGUAAUCACUAAAUCAUUACAUUAAAUAAUAAAAUGUUACGAAAUGUAUUAUUGCCUGUGACCCGUACCAAUUUGCAGAUUAUACCAGUACGCAAUGCUCAAAAGAAAUUGCCAAAAAUCGAUAAAAAAAUACAAGCUGCCGCUGAGUCUCUAGCUGCACGAGGGUUCUUACGUCCAAACAAACCAUGGGAUCCACCAGCUAAUAUUGAAGAGACCAUUGUCAAGAUAUGCACAGAUAAUGGUUUAAAAUCUGACUCAGAAUUUGAAGACCUCGGUAAAAAGUUUGCAGUACUAAAAGCAUGUUACCAGGAAACAGGUUACAGUGUACCAAACUCAUUGUUACAUACUAUUGAAUGUGUUGAUGAUCUGAAACAGUUUUACAAAACACCAGUGGAAACAAAGACUCCAUUUGAUGUAUUGGUGAAAAUGGACUUGCCCAAAAAUUUGCAUAUUCAAGAGAACUAUGUACGAUUCCACCCUGAAAAAGACACUUUGUUCAAUGGAAAAUCUGCGUUCCCCAAGAGUUCCACCAUAGUGACGGGCUUGAAAACAAGGAAAAAGUAUGAAGGUUACACCGCCAAGAGAUCAUGGCCUUAAGUUUUUUAUUGUUAAAAAUAUAUCAUGUAUAGUUUAAUUUGUAGAUAAAUAAUAAUUAUAAUGUUGAUUUUA